GGUGUUUACAGUAAUUUGGCAUAAUUUUGUCUCCUCAACAGUUCAGACUUGUGAACCAAACAGAAAGCUAUCUCAUACCUUCCAAACUGAAGUCUUUCAGCUUCUUGAGUGUUCUGUGUGUCUAUUCUUUGGUGGGUGUUCUUUAUUUUUGCUUUCUUGGAACAAAUUUUCCCAAAGAACGCUCAUUUAUACGUUUUUGGGUCUAUCCCAAUUCCCCUUAAUAAUGAAUUUUGGAAGUGUCAUUUGUACAUUCUUGAUUUUUGGUGGUCCAAUAUAUAUAAGAGUAAAUUGUUAGUCCUGUUAACAUAUAUGGAUUGAGUCUGAGCUCAUGAACUGAAAGAGGCAGCGUGGUUCACAUCAGCUUACUGAAUUAGAAUGGGUUUCUUCUGAUGUUUAUGGGGUAGCUUGAGUUAGGAUGGCUUUCUUCAUUCCGAUGAAUGUAGGUCCAUUUGUCAUUUCCUGCUCUAGUAAGAAGAUUCAAGGCACUGAUGAAUAUAAACUACAACCAAGGAGGUCUGGCAUAUUAUCAUCUAAAGAAGAAGCAACUCGGCGCCAGCUUCUUGCAGUAGGUUUUGCCAGUCCUUUGGUUUCGCUUUUAACAUACAGCUACAACUUAACGGUGCUACCAGCUCAGGCAGAGGAUCAAGAGAUUCAAGACAAGGAUGAAAGUGUGGUUGGGGCUAUUAAGUCCUUGUUUGAUCCAAAUGAGACAACAAAGUCAGGGAAAAUCUUACCAAAGGCGUACUUGCAAUCUGCAAGAGAGGUGGUGAAGACUUUGCGUGAAUCACUAAAUGAAGACCCAAAAGACAUGUCUAAGUUUCGACGAACAGCUGAUGCAGCAAAGGAAUCCAUCAGGGAAUACUUGGGUGGAUGGAGAGGACAAAAAUCAGUAGUCAAUGAGGAGUCAUAUGUUAUGCUAGAGAAAGCUAUCAGAUCUUUGGCCAGCUUUUAUUCAAAGGCAGGCCCAUCUGCUACCCUUCCUGAACAGGUAAAGUCAGAGAUCUUAGAUGAUCUGAAUAAAGCAGAAGAAGGAUUGUAACAAUAGGGUGGAAAGUCACAAGUACAUGGCGGAAUAGUCGAGGUGCAUGCAAGUUGGCUUGGACAUAACUGUUAAAACAAAGAGAAUAAAAGAAUUGUAACGUGUUUCUUGAUAUUCAUAACCAAAGAGGCCAAUGUAAUGUAUUAUGAUCUUCUGUUGCAGUGUGCUCAAUUAGAUCUAGUCUGCUUGAUAAACAUACAUAUUAUCAAACUAUCUUUUUUUUUUUUUUU